GUAGUACAAAAGUGAAAAUUGUUGGAGGAGCUGAAUGCAAAGCUCAAAUCUAAAAAACUUUGCACUGUGGCCACUUAAACAUUGAUUGAUUAUGAUGCAUGCAAGAAAAGAAACCUAAACAGAACAGAACCAAAGUAAGAUAGCUCCAUUAAAUUAAAAUAGACCAAAAACACCUUUUUUUUUCUUUCUAUCACUAUAAUCAAAGUUUACUUUUGAACCAAGCACUCACGAGACAUCUCUGAAACUUUUUCCUUUCAAUUCAUCUUUAUGCUGCUAAACAACCUAAUCCUCCUCAUCCUUCAUCCUAUUUGGAAAAAACCGUGAAAACUGUUUUUUCUUCUUCUUCCUCUUCCACAUAUUUUCAUGAAACUUCUCUUCAUUUUGUUCAUAUUUUCUUUAUACAAUGAAACCUCAACACCCUUUUAUAUUCCUUUCUUUCUCUCUAGUUGUUAUGUGUCGUAACGGUUUUUAUCCUUCGCAACUUUUUUGAAUCAAAAGGGUCUUAUUUGAAUUCAUAAAUGAACCAUUUUGAUACAUGCUCUUCAAUUUUCGUUGUUGGAGCCGCCUAUGUUUCGAAAUCGGUUUAUGCACUUCCUGAAAUCAAUUCACACAUUCAGAAGAAAAAUUCCUUUUGACAGUCUAUACUUUUGAUCAUAACCAUCACACACACAGAUCAAUAAUAAACCAUUUUCCAAAAGGCAUGAGCUUUGCUAGAACUUCAAUGGCAGGUUCAUGGUUCACCAAGCUUCGCAUGCGAAGGUCUAAGAGUAAUAAACCUUUACCAGAACCGUCUUCUUCGUCUUCUAAGACUCGGUUGAAUUGUGACGCAAACAACAUGGAAAGAAAAAGAUUUGAUAGCUUAGAAUCAUGGUCCAUGAUAUUGGACUCUGAGAAUGUCGAAACAUGGGAAGCAUCGAAGGAGGAUCAGGAAGAAUGGACCGCGGAUCUUUCUCAGCUUUUCAUAGGUAACAAGUUUGCGUCCGGUGCUCACAGUCGAAUUUACCGUGGAAUUUACAAGCAAAGAGCUGUUGCUGUUAAAAUGGUGAGAAUUCCUAAUCAGAAUGAAGAGAGAAGAACAUUGCUAGAACAGCAAUUCAAAUCUGAGGUUGCUUUACUCUCACGUCUCUUUCAUCCUAACAUAGUGCAGUUUAUUGCAGCAUGUAAAAAACCGCCUGUGUACUGUAUAAUAACAGAAUACAUGUCACAAGGAACUCUAAGGAUGUAUCUGAACAAGAAAGAGCCAUACUCUCUUUCGAUUGAAACGGUGCUAAGGUUAGCACUUGACAUAUCAAGAGGCAUGGAGUACCUUCAUUCUCAAGGAGUGAUUCAUAGAGACCUCAAAUCAAAUAACUUGCUUCUCAAUGACGAGAUGAGGGUUAAGGUGGCGGAUUUCGGGACAUCGUGUCUUGAAACACGAUGCCGAGAGACUAAAGGAAAUAUGGGAACUUAUCGUUGGAUGGCCCCUGAGAUGAUUAAGGAAAAACCUUAUACUCGUAAAGUUGAUGUUUAUAGUUUUGGAAUCGUGCUUUGGGAACUCACAACUGCUUUGCUUCCGUUUCAAGGAAUGACUCCGGUGCAAGCUGCUUUUGCUGUUGCUGAGAAGAACGAAAGGCCUCCGGUACCUGCAAGUUGUCAGCCAGCUCUUGCGCAUCUAAUAAAGCGUUGUUGGUCAGCAAAUCCCUCAAAGAGACCCGAUUUCAGCGACAUUGUGUCUACUCUCGAGAGGUACGAUGAAUGCGUGAAGGAAGGUCUUCCUCUAACUCAUCAUUCAGGACUAGUCACCAAAAACUUCAUAAUCGAGCGCUUAAAAGGUUGCGUCCCAAUGAGCUCCUCCAUACCUGUAAAUGCUUAAUUGAAUUCAUUCCUAUGCCCUAUAAAGCUGUGUCAUGUAAAUGGAUGAGUUAUAAUUUGAUUAAGGAAAAAUAAAGAGAGAUACAAGUGAAUGAUGCAAUCAAGAGAACAUGCAAAAGUGUAUUAGUAGAGAAUUAUAGAGUGGAAUUGCUUAAACUUGGAGAAGGUUACAUGACAUGUAGAUUUGUAUUUAUUUAUACUAUGUUGUGUGGGUGCUAAACAUGUGCAAAUUGUAUUUGUUUAUAGUCACAAGAAUGAAACCAAAUCCAGCAACAACCUUCAUUUCAUCAAACACCAUGAGUGCAGGAAACUAUGUUGUGUGAGUGCAAUGCAUAGAUAAUAAACUUAUAUAGCUAGCUAUAAACAAACCUCUAAUUAAUGACUCAAGAUACUUUUUAAUAGAGAUAUUUUCGUGUCAAA